GUGUCGUUCAAAGAGUGGUUUCUCCUCCGACGGGGGACAGCUUCCUAAAUCUGCAGUACCCUCAAGAAAACAACACCAGCAGAUCCUGCCUUCCUCUCCCGACAUCAUGAUCAAGCGCAAGCUGAGCUUUAAGUGGUUCGGGAGCAUUUCCAACCUCUCCUUCCGACGCUCGUCAGAUAAAGAUAAAGACUCCAAGUCUGCCCUGAAGCAUCAUGGGAGUCUGAGUGAGGCGGUGGUGGAGAAGACCAUGGAUGACAUGGAGGACUGCCCCCACAGCUACGCCCGGUCCAGCGACAUGUACACUCACAUGGCCACCAUGCCCCGGCCCUCCCUCAAGAGGAAGGAGAAGAGCCUGAAAGGGUCUAAGAAGGCCAAGAGCAAGACCGAGCUCUGCCGCAGACAGAGUCAGAGACAGGCGGCGGACUAUGUCUGUGACUCCCCCUUCCUCCUGGCGUUAUCCACGCAGGGGAUGCAACCCUUUGAGGAACCCCCAAAACCUCCCACCACCCCUGACACGCCUCUCACCACUGGGCCAUCACUGGAGACCAACCUGAACACUGACUCGCCUGCGGAGAAGCAGCUGGCUGCCACACAGUCUCGGACACCGCCUAACCCUGAUCUUCCUGGGGAACGAGCACAGCCCGACAGUCUGUGGAUGUCUGCCCCCACGCCUGCGGCCCCCAUCGCUCAGACCACGCCUGCAGCAUCCAUCGCUCCGAUCCCUCAGACACUCAGAGCUCAUCUUAGCUCGGCACCCAGCGAGGUUUGCCUCUCCCAGGGUCCACAGGAAGAUCUGUCAGGUAGCAGUCACCCGGCCAUGCCACCCAAGACAACCUGUUCUGGACAGAGUCAGGACAAGCGCUCAGAGGUAGUAAUAAAGCAGGAACAGCUAAAAGAUAAAGCCACGAAGACGGGGACUGACACCAGUGAUCUGGACCCCAUGGACAGCAGAGGUGAAUAUGUGAAGUUCUCGAAGGAGAAGUACCUGCUGGAGUCUCCACCCGAGAAGCUCCGGAAAGAGCUGGAGGAGGAGCUGAAGCUGAGCAGCAGUGACAUGCGCAGUCAUGGCUGGUACCAUGGACACAUCCCCCGAGAGGUGUCAGAGACGCUGGUGCUGCGGAACGGAGACUUCCUGAUCCGCGACUCGCUGACCAGCGCGGGCGACUACGUGCUGACCAGCCGCUGGAACCACGAGGCGCUGCACUUCAAGAUCAGCAAGGUGCUGGUGAAGUCCACGGAGUCGCGCGUGCAGUACGUGCUGGAGCACGAGAGCUUCGACACGGUGCCCGCGCUGGUGCGGUCCUACGUCAGCGGCCGGCGGCCCGUGUCGCAGCAGAGCGGGGCGCAGAUCUACUGCCCCAUCAACCGCACCCUGCCCCUGCGCUACCUGGAGGCCACCUUCGCCCUGGCCAAUGGCAGGCACGGCCUGCACUCGCCGUCCACUCACAGGGGAGCGUACAUCAAGAGGCGGAGCGUCACCAUGACGGACGGGCUGACGGCGGAGAAGAUGAUGCCUCACAGCCCUUCCACUGUUCACCACAAGGAGGCGAUGCGGAACUGUGCCCUGAGCAUGGACCAGAUUCAGGAGUUCCGCUGCCCCAUGUCUCCCAUAGGAGAGACCCCCCUCUCUCCAGCGUACAGCUCCAUAACCCGUCAUCGGAGCCCCUCGGGCGGGCGUGUGCUGGGCGUGAUCGCCUCCUCCCCGGUGCUCCGGCGCUCCAGCGAGCCCCAGCUCAGCCCCACCUCCUCCAACAACAACCUGCCCUUCCCCCAACUCAACCCCAACCCCGGCGCCCUCUCCACCCCGGCCCACGGCUGCCCCGAGGGGGCGGGGGGCAGCUACUGCGAGCUCGGCCCCCACCCGGCCCCCUCCCCCGCCCCGGCCACGCCCGCCAAGAGCCACGUGGAGCGCCUGCGCGGAGAGGAGGGGCGGGGAGCGCUCCCGGUCAGGGAGGACAGCAGGGAGAGCUUCGUGGCCCCGCUGGUGGAGACCGCCUCGUCCUUUAGGCCCGCGGCCUAUCGGUCUCCGCUGAUGCCCGCCGAGAACAAGCCGCUGGAGAUGAGCAUCUUGAAAAGGGUGAAGGAGCUUUGGGCUGAAGUGGACGCCAAGACUGCGGCCAAACACAUCACCAUGGCCGACUGCACGGUUGCUAGGAUACUGGGUGUUACCAAGGAGAUGCAGAGGAUGAUGGGAGUUGGCUCUGGGCUGGAGUUGCUGACUCUGCCGCAUGGACACCAGCUCCGUAUGGACCUGCUGGAGAGGUUCUACACCAUGUCCAUCAUGGUGGCGGUGGACCUGCUGGGCUGUACUGGCAGCACGGAGGAGAGGGCCGCCCUUCUGCACAAGACCAUCCAGCUGGCCGCCGAGCUCAAGAGCAACCUGGGCGACAUGUUCGGCUUCGCCGCGGUCAUGAGGGCCCUGGAGCUGCCGCAGAUCUCUCGGCUGGAGCAGACCUGGAUGACGCUGCGUCAGAGGCACACGGAGGGCGCCAUCCUCUACGAGAAGAAGCUGAAGCCCUUCAUGAAGGGCAUGAACGACGGGAAAGAGAGCUGUGCGCUGUCCAACACGUCCUUCCCCCACGUGGUGCCGCUGCUGUCCCUGCUGGAGCGAGGCCUGGCCGUGGGGGAGGGGGGGGAGCCGUGGGAGAGCUCAGAGUCGGGGGUCGACGUGGUGAUGUGUCACCUGGAGGCAGCGCGUACCAUCGCACACCACGGGGGGAUCUAUCGCACCAACGCAGAGACCAAACUGCAGGGGUUUCAGGAGCGGGAGGAGGUGCUGGAGCUCUUCCACACGGAGUUCCAGAUGCGUCUGCUGUGGGCAGCGGGGUCAGAGGGCAGCCAGGCCGAACGCUACGAGAAGUUCGACAAGGUCCUGAGCGCCCUGUCCCACAAGCUGGAGCCCCCGUGCGGCAGAGCGAGCUAUAGCGCCCCCCGCGGGCCGGUCCCGUGCCAAAGAGCGGGCCACGCCGCUCACCCAUAGGCUAACGCACUGAGAGAGUGGCUUCCGAUUGGUCAUGUAUCGCCAAAUAAGGCAGAAGGCUCUCGCCUAGCGACCUUCUGCCUUAGAGAUGGGAGAGGAGGCGCGGAGGAGAUCCCUCCCCUGCCCGUACGAGGAGCCCUGGAGGAGUGUGUAAAUAUCUACUGCUCAGCGUUUCCCAGAUCAAUCCGCCGAUCAUCACCUGCCACAGGCCUGCAGGGUGCUCUCUCUCUGUCUCUCUCUCUGUCUCUCUCUCUCUGUCUCUCUCUCUGUCUCUCUCUCUCUGUCUCUCUCUCUGUCUCUCUCUCUCCGUCUCUCUCUCUCUGUCUCUCUCUCUCUGUCUCUCUCUCUGUCUCUCUUUCUCUGUCUCUCUCUCUCUGUCUCUCU